AUGGAGCCCGCCAUUCUGUUCGCGCCGUCUCAGCUAAUCUUGGUCGCCUGGCAGGCAGCGGGCACACGGUCUUGUUCUGCCGCCGAUCUUCCUCGACCAAAACGGCCGCUUCUGUCAGGGACAUACUCUCUUGUGGUUCUCCGGCAUGUCAUGCCGAUACCCCCCAUCCUGAGUUACCGUCGGAAGAGCUUCCUUUCGCCUAACUAUCAGGAACGCGAUGAGGUUCGCUGGAUGGCUAUCGUUAUCGUUGUGGCCGGCUUCCCGAGGAAGAGGAGGUGUGCAGCGCCGCCACGGAUCUUCGACCCAGCCCUUUGGAUACCGAGCCCUUGCGGUGCCAGCUCUGGAGAACCGGAAGGUCGGAAUGUUGCCCUCUGCCCUCGAGCGGAACAGUGCCCCGCGCACAUUAUUGUGGGCGUAGACGCCGUAUUCUCCGACUCCACUGAUGUCUGCGGCGCACCGUCGUUGUGCGGUGCUCAGCUCUGA